UAAAAAUCCAUCGGCGAAAGGGCCUUGAUUUUGCACUUAAUUAACCCACAGAUCCACAAAGCUAGUGGUUUUCGGUUCUCUCGGUAUUGUUUUCGCUGGUUUUCGGUUCUUUCUAUAUUAGUCCCAGGAUUUGGUUUCGUUUUCUUCGGUCAAUUCUAUUCAGAUAACAGAAAUGAGGAGCUCUGGAGAAUUCACAUGGAAGCUCGCGGAUCAUCCAAAGCUUCCCAAGGGGAAGAUUAUUGCAAUGGUGGUUUUGGAUGGUUGGGGUGAGGCUAAACCCGAUCAAUAUAAUUGUAUCCAUGUCGCUGAUACUCCGACCAUGGACUCCUUCAAAAAGACUGCCCCAGAGAAAUGGAGGUUGAUUAGGGCUCAUGGAACUGCUGUGGGUCUCCCAACUGAAGAUGAUAUGGGCAACAGUGAAGUUGGUCACAAUGCUCUUGGCGCUGGACGCAUUUAUGCUCAAGGUGCAAAGCUUGUUGACCAUGCUCUUGCCUCUGGAAAAAUCUAUGAUGGCGAGGGAUUUAAAUACAUACAGGAAUCAUUUGCAACUGGUACUCUACACCUUAUUGGCUUACUGAGUGAUGGUGGAGUUCACUCCAGGCUUGAUCAAUUGCAGUUGUUGCUAAAAGGUGCUGCUGAACAUGGCGCUAAAAGAAUCCGAGUUCAUGUUCUUACUGAUGGACGAGAUGUUAUAGAUGGUACAAGUGUUGGCUUUGUUGAAACUCUUGAGAAAGACCUGGCAAAUUUACGCGAGAAAGGUUUUGACGCACAGAUUGCAUCUGGUGGAGGCCGCAUGUAUGUUACAAUGGAUCGCUAUGAGAAUGACUGGAAUGUUGUGAAACGAGGAUGGGAUGCUCAGGUUCUUGGUGAAGCCCCACAUAAGUUUAGGAAUGCCGUUGAAGCUGUCAAGAAACUAAGAGAAGAUCCCAAAGCCAAUGACCAGUACUUAACUUCCUUUGUAAUUGUCGAUGAAAAUGGGAAGCCUGUAGGCCCAAUUGUGGAUGGUGAUGCUGUUGUAACAUUCAACUUCCGUGCAGAUCGUAUGGUUAUGCUUGCCAAGGCGCUUGAAUAUGAGAAUUUUGACAAAUUUGAUAGAGUCCGAUUCCCUAAAAUCCAUUAUGCUGGAAUGCUCCAGUAUGAUGGUGAGUUGAAGCUUCCAAGCCAUUACCUUGUAUCUCCUCCUGAGAUAGAAAGGACAUCUGGUGAAUAUUUAGUCCAUAAUGGUGUUCGUACCUUCGCUUGCAGUGAGACUGUCAAAUUUGGUCAUGUCACUUUCUUCUGGAAUGGAAAUCGUUCUGGAUAUUUUAACGCAGAAAUGGAGGAAUAUGUUGAAAUUUCCAGUGAUGUUGGUAUUACAUUCAACAUCCAACCUAAGAUGAAGGCAAUAGAGAUUGCAGAGAAGGCAAGGGACGCUAUCCUCAGCCGCAAAUUCAACCAGGUUCGUGUUAACCUACCAAAUGGGGACAUGGUUGGACAUACAGGAGACAUUGAUGCCACAAUUGUGGCAUGCAAGGCUGCAGAUGAUGCUGUCAAGAUGAUCAUUGAUGCUGUAGAGCAAGUUGGUGGAAUAUAUGUUGUUACUGCAGAUCAUGGCAAUGCUGAGGACAUGGUGAAGAGGGACAAGUCUGGGAAACCUGUUGUUGAUAAGAGUGGCAAAAUUCAGAUACUCACGUCUCACACUCUUCAGCCAGUGCCUAUUGCAAUUGGAGGUCCUGGAUUGGCACCUGGUGUCAGGUUCCGCAAUGAUGUUCCCAGUGGAGGACUUGCUAAUGUGGCUGCAACUGUGAUGAAUCUCCAUGGAUUUGAGGCUCCUAAUGACUAUGAGCCUACCCUGAUUGAAGUAGUCGAUAACUAGGAUUAAAGAAAACGUAUAAAUUCACAUAGUUUUGCUUAAAUUUUGAUCAGCAACUGUGCAAUGCAAAAGCCUGUCAUGUUCAGCAUUAAUCUGGUUAAAUAAAUUGUUUUUGGGUCUACUCGUGGGGGUGUUGGGCUCCCAAUUUUGGAUUCGGGACACAAAUAUCAAUUCAUCUGUUUGAAAGUGAAUGAGCACAGUAUUUUAAAUCUAUUUUUGUUAUUUUCUUGUUCCCUUA